AAACUUUCAACUCUCUUUUUAUAGUAGUACUUUACUUGUCAAUCAAUUUCAAAAAAUUGUACGUGCCGGCCUCUUCUAUGUUUCUCCAUUAACAAUAUUUUUUUUUUCUUCACAAAAAACGUGAAUCCCUCUUCUCUAUGUUCUUCUUCAUCAAUUUCUGAAUCAUUUUCACCAUUUUUUGGUUUGUGGGUAUUGUUCAUUUCUUGAAAAAAAUGGCGAGUUCUAGUGCUACUACUGGUAGACCAUCAUCUUCACAUAGGUCCGAAAGGUUACCUCCUCAUCAUGCUGCUAAUAAUAAUGGUUAUGGAAGAAAUGGGGUUGCUAAUUUUAGUGUUAAUAGCCAACAACAGCAGCAGCAAUCGCAAAAUUUGCGUUCGAAAAAUUCAUCAGUUAAUUCAAGGCGUUCUGUUACACCCACUUCACGAACUCGCUCUCCUCCUCAGGAGAAUGACCCAGAACCUGCAAGAGUUAGAGUUGCCAUCAGAGUUCGACCAAGAAAUGCCCAGGAGCUUUCAGAUGCUGAUUAUGCGGAUUGUGUUGAACUGCAGCCUGAGCUCAAGAAGUUAAAGUUGAGAAAAAACAACUGGAAUUCUGAGUUUUACAAGUUUGAUGAAGUUUUUGCUGAAAGUGCAUCACAAAAGCGCAUAUAUGAGACAGUUGCAAAGCCUGUAGUUGAGAGCGUGUUGAAUGGGUAUAAUGGGACAGUUAUGGCUUAUGGUCAAACAGGUACUGGCAAGACUUAUACACUUGGUAGAUUGGGUAAAGAUGAAGUAUCAGAGCGUGGCAUCAUGGUUAGAGCUUUGGAGGACAUUAUUGUCAAUACAACCCCCACAUCUGAUAGUGUGGAAAUGUCGUUUUUGCAGUUGUACAUGGAGUCUAUCCAAGAUUUACUUGCUCCUGAAAAGAUAAACAUUCCAAUUGUCGAAGAUGCUAAGACUGGAGAAGUAUCUGUCCCUGGUGCUACAGUUGUUAAGAUUCAGGACCUUGACCAUUUCUUGCAACUACUGCAAAUAGGAGAAGCCAACCGUCUUGCAGCAAAUACCAACUUAAAUACCGAAUCAUCACGUAGCCAUGCCAUUCUUAUGGUUAACAUCCAUAAAUCUGUUAAAAAUGAUGAAGAAACCGGCUCAUCUUUUCAAGCGAAAGACAGCAAAACUGAUAGACAUGGCAAUCAGAUGCCUAUUGUUCGUAAAAGCAAGCUACUAAUAGUUGAUCUUGCAGGAUCAGAGCGAAUAGACAAAUCUGGGAGUGAAGGUCGCUUGUUGGAAGAGGCUAAGUUUAUUAAUCUGUCUCUUACUUCUCUGGGAAAAUGUAUAAACGCACUGGCUGAGAACAGUCCUCAUAUACCUACAAGAGAUUCUAAACUAACACGACUUCUUCGUGAUUCAUUUGGAGGUUCUGCUCGAACCUCACUCAUAAUAACCAUUGGACCAUCUUCUCGACACUAUCCAGAGACCACAAGCACAAUAAUGUUUGGACAAAGGGCCAUGAAAAUAGUUAACAUGGUGAAGUUGAGAGAAGAAUUUGAUUACGAGAACUUAUGCCGGAAACUAGAGACUCAAGUGGAGCACCUCACCGUGGAGGUUGAUAGGCAGCAAAAGUUUAGGGAAAAUGACCGAAUGGCCAUGGAAAAAAAACUAAGAGAGUGUCAAAAGUCAUUUACCGAAACAGAAAGAAGUAUAGUUGCCAGGUCCGAGUUUCUAGAGAAAGAAAAUAGUUGCCUGGUGUCAGAUAUGGAAAAUCUGUUGGAGGAGUUGAAUUGCCAGAAGCAACAGAUCAAUUCGAUGAAGAAUGAGAAUUUGAAGCUAGAAUCAGAUUUGAAGAAUAACAAGCUUCUGGAGAAGGAGAAUGGUUGUUUGAAAUUGGAGUUGGAAAACGUGCUGAAAGAAUUCAACCGAGACAAAAAUCAUAAUAAUUUGUUGCAGAAUGAGGUUGCACGCCUACAAAUGAGUUUAAAACAUAGCAAGCAACAACAAUCUGAGAAUUCAUCAUAUCAGAAAGUACUUGCUGAGAACACCCAAAUGCACGAAAAGAAGAUAACUGAUCUGAUGAAGCAAUUACAAGAUGAGCGUGCUCGCUGUGAAAGUGCUGAACAACAAUUAGAACUGACGAAGGAGCAAUUAACUGGCCUUCAGGAAUUAAUGCAGCAUCAUCAGAAGGAAGCAUCUAUAUAUCAGAAGGAACUUGCAGACACUACACUGAUGUAUGAGGAGAAAAUAGCACAAUUAGAACAACAACUAAAAGAUGAGCAUGCUCGUGUUGAAAAUGCGAAGGAACAACUUCAUGCAAUUGAAGAACAAUUUACAGAUCAUGAAACCUCAACGAAGAUUCAGAGGGAAAAAGAGUCAGGUGCACUUAGAUCAAAAUUAGAAGAAAUGAAUCACCUUUAUGAGCCAACUGUGAAGGAACUUCAAGCAUUAAAAACAGAAUAUCAGGUUCUUCUAUCAGAAAAGAGAGAAUUGCAUGACGAACUUCACAAUGUGAGACAAACACUACUAAUUGAGGAAAAGCGAAGGAAAGCUGCUGAAAAUGAGCUGUUUAAUAUAAAGAAGCUUGUACCUGAGAGUGAAGAUGGCUUUGAGGAGAAGAAGUCAUAUAUGAAGCAAUAUACACCCAGUAGAUCAUUCAAUAUGCACAGAUCAACUGAAUCAAGAGAAAGAAUUUUUGCCCAUCAGAACACAAUGUCAAAGAUAAUUGAAGAAGUUGGCAUCCAGAAGAUAAUCUCUUUGUUGUCAUCAGUUGAUUUGGACGUCCAGAUCCAUGCUGUGAAAGUGGUAGCCAAUCUUGCAGCUGAAGACAGCAAUCAGGAAAAGAUUGUGCAGGAAGGUGGUUUAGAUGCACUUCUCAUGCUGCUACAAUCAUCCCAAAAUGCAACUAUACUCAGAGUGGCUUCUGGAGCUAUUGCCAAUUUGGCAAUGAAUGAAAUGAAUCAAGGAUUGAUAUCAAGUAAAGGAGGUGCUCAACUUUUAGCCAAUACAGCUGUCAAAACUGAAGACGCCCAAACUCUUCGAAUGGUAGCAGGGGCAAUUGCAAAUUUGUGUGGAAACGAAAAGUUACAUGUUACAUUAAGGGAAGAUGGAGCUGUCAAAGCAUUGUUAGAAAUGGCUAGAUCUGGAAAUAUUGAAGUCAUUGCACAGGUUGCCAGAGGAUUGGCUAACUUUGCAAAGUGUGAAUCGCGAGGAACAAUUCAAGGACAUAGGAAAGGCCGUUCUACUCUUAUGGAAGAUGGUGUACUGAGAUGGUUGAUAACCAACUCUAACAGUGCUUCUUCUUCCACUAGGCGCCACAUUGAGCUUGCUCUCUGCCAUUUGGCACAAAAUGAGGGUAAUGCUAGAGAUUUCGUGUCAAGUGGAGCGUUGGAUGAAAUCGUACGAAUAUCAAACGAAUCUUCACGAGAGGAUAUUCGCAAUUUGGCUAAGAAGACACUAAAGUUGAGCUCUACAUUUCAAGCUCAGAUAAGAGCAUAGUGAAUGCAAUACUUCACCAAUAUAAGGGAAUCCCAGUUUUUUGAGUCUACAGAAGUAGGGCAUUAUGAAGUACCCUCUUUUACUCAUGUAUUUACAACAAUCUUGUAAGUAGCCCAACAAAAUGUAACUAAGAUGCUUUAUGAUAUUGUAAAUUAUAUACCAUUCUUAUA